GCAAGCUUGCGUGCUUGUCGCUGAGAUGUCAUAUAAGCCUUGUCAAAUCAAGCAAAAAUCGGAGAAGGAUAGCAUAAUAGGACAUCAUCCAUGGUGAAGCCGAGGCUUGAACCCGCUAUCUCCACCCUACGGGAUAUAUUCAGUUGUGUUUGAGAAAGGAAAUAUCGAUUUUGUAUCGAUUAAUUUUUUUGACCGUUGAUGCUUUUGUUUUUCUAAUGCUACUAUUAUGAAACACAUUCUUUCUGAUGAGUUAAAAUUUUACCCUGUUUGAUUUUGAAAAUACAAUGGCAAACACUUUUUCAAACAUCUGCGAAGUUUUCAAAAGAUUUCGUAAUGGUGGUGGAACAAAGCUAGAAGCUGAACGUGAAAGAGUUAUGCGGGAACUGAAUCGAUGUAAAAGUGAUUCAAACAGGAGGUAUGAAGACAGGCCCUAUACGCUGGUUAAUCAGUACUACAACAACUUACUAUUAGUGUUCGCUUGCAUAUUCAUGCUUUUCACUAUCAUUUGCAUCACUAUUUUCUUGAUUUUUCAUUAUGUAUAUCAGGAUGAUAAGUACAAAUAUGUCAUUAUGAGUUUCUUUUGCGCCUCAACCAUUUGCUGUGCUGUAUGCGUUUAUUAUAUGGGACGAAGACUCAGAAGAAUUUGGCACAGUGUUAAACUUGAGAAUGAAAGUAAAAUGAUUUUAGUGGCCAGUAUGGAACUUUCUUGAUCAUGGCAUUUAAUGUGAGAUUUUCACUGUCUUUCUAUUGAAUAGUGAUAGCAAUAUGAAAUUUUCAUUUUUAUACCCAUUAUGAGAGUAUCAUUAUUUUUAUGUCCAAUAAGAGGCUUUGUGUCAGUAUUAGACUGUCAUAUCAUCAUGUCUUAUUAUACAUUAAAAGACCUUCAUCGUCUUUCUAUCCAACAUUAGACUGUUAUUAUCUUUGUAUCCAUUGCAAGUCUUUCAUCCUCUUUGUAUCCAACAUGAGACUGUCAUUAUUUUUGUAUCCAUUGCAAGUCUUUCAUCCUCUUUGUAUCCAACAUGAGACUGUCAUUAUCUUUGUAUCAAUUAUGUAAUUAUCUUAACAUUCAAUAUGAGACUGAUUGUCCUUAUCUUUGUAUCCAAAAUGUGAUUAUUAUCUUUACAGCCAAUAUUAUCAUUGUAUGCAAUUUAUCAAUAAAAGUCUCUGAUUAUUUUAAUACGUAAAGACAAAAUUUGUACUUAAAAAUUGGAGACAAAAAAAUUUAUAUUGGAAAAAAAAGGCCUAUUGAAUCAGUACUGUUCAGUAAUAAGUAUUUAUUAAAUUUCAAUGUAAAUACGCAAUUUUAGUAAUAUUUCAAUUCUUCUAUAAUUUUAUUUUAAAUAAAAUGUCUUUUGUAAGAGUGAAAUUAUUUUGCUAAUAAAAUGUAUAUGAAUAAGUGUGUAAA